AUGCGUAAACGUAAGUACAAGUCAAUGGAACAGAGACUACAAGCUCUGGAGAGAUUAGACAAAGGAGAAUCCGUGCAAAGUAUUUACAAGGAUUUAAACGUGGGCAAAAGUACAGUCAACGACUGGCGACGCAACAGAAAAAGUAUUGAAGGCUUUUGUACACAAAUUGAUACCGAAAAAGUUCUAGAAAAGCGUUGCACACUAAGGAAGGCCAAACACGAAUUGGUGGAAGAUGCUCUAUGGUUGUGGUUCGUUCAAGAACGAAGACGAGGAACGCCAUUAAGUGGACCAAUAUUAAAAGAAAAGGCCAUGAUCUUACACUCAAAGCUUCAACCAGAAGAGGCGUUUCGUGGCUAG